AUUCAGGAGAAAGAACAUCGAAGUAUGCAACCCAGAAGUAUUUUACAUCUUUGAUAAUCAUCUCUCUCCAAAAAGAAAAUGAAAAAGAAAUUAGGGAAGAUAUUUCUUUGGAGCGAAAUUUCUUCACAAAAGUGAUGGUUAAAGGCAGCCCGUUAUGCAGUUUGCUCCACUCUCCCACCCAAGUUUCAACGGCUAGUCGAAAAGCUGUCUAAAACAGGGCAGAGGCUUAAGGCAUUCGUGUGAAUGUUCACUCUUUCUCUCUCUCUCUGAGGUAAUAAGUUUGGAGAAUGAACAUGAAAGCAGUCAACGUCAUAAUCAAUUUAUAAAUGUCUAAGAGGAUUUCAACAAUUUUAUCGCGACAUUCAUUUGCCAACAGCUAUUUUCUCCAUUCAGCAACUCAUGCCAUACGCUGCAUAUCCAAACCAUCAUCUUAUUUUCCUUACACUGAGGAGGUCUUGGCUUCCCACCUUGCUCCGCUUCUACAGCAAAAAGACUCUUCUCUGAUACCUUCAGUUCUUGAAAAAACCCGGCAAAUACACGCCCAGAUUACUGUUAAUGGGCUCCACAACUUGGGGAUUUUGGGCACAAGGAUUUUGGGUAUGUACAUCCUGUGUAACAACUAUCUUGAUGCCAAGAAGUUAUUCUGUCAGCUUCAACUGUGGUACGCUGCCCCUUGGAAUUGGAUGAUUAGAGGGUUUACGAUGAUGGGCUACUAUGACUACGCGCUUUUGUUCUACUUCAAGAUGCUUACUUUUGGUACUAGUCCUGACAAGUAUACUUUUCCCUACGUGAUAAAGGCUUGCAGUGCCCUGCAUGCUGUUGACUUAUUGAAACUUGUGCAUGGAAUGAUCAAAGAAUUCGGGUUUGAGCUGGAUGUGUAUGUGGGCAGUGCCUUAGUUAAAUUCUAUGCUGAGAAUGAUUGUUUAGGAAACGCGAGGGAUUUGUUUGAUAAAUUGCCUCUAAGGGAUAUCGUGUUGUGGAACGUGAUGCUUAACGGUUACCUGAAAUGUGAAAGUUUAGCCGAUAAUGUGAUUGGAUUGUUCGAGGAAAUGAGAAAAAGUGAGGUUGAGCCCAAUUCUGUCACUUACACUUGUGUUCUUUGCUUGUGUGGCUUGAGAUCAAUGGUGGGGUUUGCCGCCCAGGUUCAUGGCCUCGUUGUUAAGUGUGGCUUGGAGAUGAUUUCUCCAGUGGCUAACACUUUGGUUGCCAUGUACGCUAAAUGCCGUUGCCUGCUUGAUGCUCGAAAGCUGUUUGAUUUUGUUGCACAGGCUGAUCUCAUUACCUGGAAUGCAAUGAUUGGAGGGUACAUUCAGAAUGGGUUUAUGCGUGAGGGUUUGGAUUUGUUUCAGAGAAUGAUAUCUUCGGAUGUCAAACCAGACUCAAUAACUUUCGCAAGUCUGCUCCCAUUAGUUCCUGAGUUGGGAGGUCUUAAUCAAGGAAAAGAAAUCCAUUGUUAUAUUGUUCGACAUGGGGUGUUAUUCGAUCUAUUCUUGAAGAAUGCUCUUAUUGAUAUGUAUUUCAAGUGCAAGGAUGUGAGAAUGGCUUGCAAGGUCUUUGACGAGAGCUCUGCUGUGGACACUGUCAUCUGCACUGCUAUGAUCUCUGGGUUUGUGCUCAACGGGAUGAAUCUUGAUGCUUUGAAAACUUUCCGCUGGUUGCUUCAUAAGAAAAUGAGGCCCAAUGCUGUAACAUUUGCGAGCACUCUACCAGCUUGUGCAGGCCUGGCUGACCUAAGAUUGGGUAAGGAAUUGCAUGGUAACAUAAUUAGAAAGGGACUAGAAGGAAGGUGUUAUGUCGGAAGCGCAAUAACUGACAUGUAUGCUAAAUGUGGAAGGUUAGAUCUCAGUCAUCAAGUUUUUCUAAGGAUACCUGAACGAGAUUCUGUAUGUUGGAACUCAAUGAUCACGAACUGUAGCCAGAAUGGCAAACCAGAAGUGGCCAUCGAUCUUUUUUGUCGCAUGGGGUUAGAAGGAGCGAAAUAUGACUGUGUCAGCAUAUCAGCUGCUCUUUCAGCAUGCGCACACCUGUCUGCUCUUCGUCGUGGGAAACAGAUACAUGGUUUCAUGAUGAGAAAUGGAUUCAACUUUGAUAUUUUUGCUAAUAGUGCACUAAUAGACAUGUACUCUAAAUGCGGUCAUAUGGAUUUAGCAGAACGUGCUUUUGACAUGAUGGAAUUCAAAAAUGAAGUUUCCUGGAACAGCAUCAUUGCUGCAUAUGGAAAUCAUGGCCAGUUAAAAGAAUGCCUGGCUCUAUUUCGUGCAAUGCAAGAUGAGGGGUUUCAACCUGAUCACGUCACUUUUCUUGCAAUAUUAUCUGCUUGUGGCCAUGCUGGUCAAGUUGAAGAAGGAAAGCUCCACUUCAAUUCCAUGAUCCAAGAUUAUGGGAUUGCUGCCCGCAUGGAGCAUUAUGCAUGCUUAAUUGAUUUGUUUGGCCGAGCUGGUCGGUUAGAAGAAGCAUUCCAAGUAAUUGGGACCAUGCCGUUUACUCCAGAUGCUGGCAUUUGGGGCACCUUAUUAGGGGCCUGCCGGAUUCAUGGCAACGUUGAGCUUGCAGAGCUGGCGUCAGAACACCUUUUCCAAUUAGACCCACAAAAUUCUGGGUACUAUGUAUUGCUAUCAAACCUGCACGCUGAUUCUGGAACCCGAGUGAGAGCUGUCCAAAUACGCAAUCUCAUGAAAGAAAGAGGAGUUCAAAAAGUACCUGGUUACAGCUGGGUUGAAGUCAAUGACUCCUCCAAUAUGUUUGUUGCUGCAGAUAAGAAUCACCCACAGUCUUCAGAGAUUUAUCUAAUGCUGAAUAAUCUUUUAUUGGAGAUCCAAGAUGAAGGAUAUCUUCCCCAAAUCAGCACCCCAACCACUGAUUGAUAAGUGUCAAUAGCACCAGAAUCUUAUAGUGACUGAGCAAUAUGAUAGUUAAGCCUGGGAGUGUCUUUCCUCUUUCCUCUUUGAUCUUCCCCCAAUCUUCUACAUAGUAUUACUGUAUGGCAUGCUACUUAUUAUACUCAUGACUAAGAAUUUCUUGAUAAGGGACGCAAGAAAGAGGGACCCCUGUGAGAGUGCUGUUACUAUUCAACUUGAUAAUAUUUUAAAUUAACGAUCAACAAUUUAGUUACAUUUCGCACUCGACUAUUUGCUUGGGGCAAUGCCCUACUAUACAUUGUUGUUUAUCCCUAUGUUUAUUACUUCGCUCAGUCACUAUAAGAUUCUGGUGCUAUUGAUCCUUAUCAAUCAGUGGUUGCAAUUCCUGUCAAGAGAAUUAAUUUAUGUUUCGUGGAUGAGCCUACUACUGGCAGAC